GAGCAACAGCGAUGAAGUGGCUUACAAGGCUGGGUGAGUUUGUUCAAAGAAGGGUCUCGCAGCAGACCAGAUCUGGAGAGCAGACGACGUUGGUUCAGGAGACAGUGUGGUCUCCUGGCGGAAACACUCAGCAAGAGCGAGAGCCGCUCUUUGAUCGCUCUCAGUCUCGGCGUCUUCAUGAAAUGGCGCUGGCAGCUCCGCAGCUCUAUGGGGCUGUGCAGAGGUCGGGAGGCGGGUCAGACUCGUCGAGGUCCUUUACAAAGGAGCAGCUGGAGAGUGAAGUUAAGAGGCAGAUAGAUCAAGCGAUGAGUGAGCAGCGAGCUGUCAAUGAGGAAAAUCAGCGCUUGAGGCUUGAAGUGGAGCGGCUGAAAGCAGAGGCCGAGAACACCUCGGCUUCUAUGAGGGCAGCUGAGCAGCGGUCAGACAAUCCCCCUGCGGCUCGUGAUCUUCUUGUUCAGCGGCAGGCGGAACAGAUUGCGGAGCGGCUCGAAGGUAAUCUUGCAGGACUUCCUGGACAUGGGGCAAUCCUGUUGGACUUUGGGAACGUGAUGGAGGGCAGAGUGGUGAUCGGGCUCUGGGCUUUCAUGGAGUAUCUCGAGGCAAUCCACCAGGACUCCAAGGACGUGAGCAGCAGCAGCGGCUUGAAGCUGGUCAAGUACCCCAAGGUGCUGCGGUACCUGGAGGCAAUUCUGGAGGACUUUCGGGGCGUGACGAUCGCUGGAGUGGUCCGACUUCAGGGGGUCGCGGAGCGCUCGGGGGUAAUCUUUCAGGACUUCCGGGACAUGGUCGUGAGCAUGGGGGGCCAGUUCGAGCUAGAAGUCAGAGUCCACAGAGAACCAGUUUUCUUGGGUUUGCAGGGAAGUUUGGAAGUUCGGAAGGACAUGCAGGACGGGAUGUGCCGACUAUGCCUACGACCCUUGGAAGCGGACCCAGUGGAAGCGAUUUAG